CCUGAGCAGCCCAGUCAUGAGGCCGCGUCGACAGCCGACGGUGGAAUAAGUGUCCAGCGAGUGUCCGACUGCUCCCGUGCGAAACCCUCUUCGGACAGACUUGUGGUGGCGAAAAAAACAUGAUUUUGAGACGAGCAAUGUUUCGUUGCUAGCGCGGAUUACUUUUUCACCCUGAGGAGAUGAUGCGAACCUUGAUUGUUGCCAUCGCCCUGACCGUCCAGGUGGGCGUGGCGACGGACCUGGUGAUCCAGAUCCCGGGCAACCCGAGCUCCGAGGGGGGCAUCUACCGGCUCGACUACGACCCCCCGCGGGGGCUGCCGCCCCCGAACGCCACCUUCUCCUCCAGGGACAUCCGCAACGACACGAUCGCGUUCAGGAACGGCCUGCCCGGCACGCUCUACUCCUUCAAGCUCUUCUACACCAACUCCACCUUCAACGACCUCCUCACCUGGCGCGCCUCCAUCAUCACCCCACCGGACCCACCGUCCAAUUUGUCAGUGACGGUCGCGAGUGGCGACUCGGCGCAGAUCAACUGGAGCCCUCCCAAGCAGGGAGGAUUCACCGGCUACAAACUCAAGGUGGUUCCUUUGCCUGAGGUGGCGAACAGCGCGCGAAUCUUCGAGAGCAGCCAGUCGAAUUUCAACCUGCAGAAUUUGACCUCGGGCGCCUCUUACCAGGUGCAGCUCUUUUCCGUCUACGAUGGCAAGGAGAGCAUCGCCUACACCUCCCACAACUUCACCACAAAGCCGAACACUCCUGGCAAGUUCAUCGUGUGGUUCAGAAAUGAAACGACGCUGCUCGUUUUGUGGCAACCGCCGUUCCCGCCCGGCGAGUUCGACUACUACAAGGUGUCGAUCGAGCCGCCGGACGCGCGGGAAAGCGUGUUGUACGUGAAGGACGAGGGCGAGCCGCCGGGGCCGGCGCAGGCCGCGUUCAAGGACCUGGUGCCGGGCAGGGCGUACAACAUCUCGGUGCAGACGAUGAGCGACGGCGAAGUGUCCAUCCCGACCACCGCGCAGUACCGCACCGUGCCCGAGCGACCCCUCAGCGUCUCCUUCGACGACAACAGCAUCACCUACAACUCCUUCAGGGUCGUCUGGGACGCGCCGGCAGGUCAAAGCGAAUUCGACAAGUACCAGAUUUCGCUGACGGGGAUGCGUCGACCGGCGCCCGUCAUCAAGGGCAAGGAGAGUCCGCGCAUCCUCGAGUUCAGGGACGGCCUCGAGCCGGGCAAAACGUACCAGGUCAGCGUCAAGACCAUGUCGGGCAAGGUGGCCAGUUGGCCCACCAGCGCCAACAUCACCCUCGUUCCUCUGAGCGUCAUCAACCUCAGCUCGAGCACCGACGAGGAGACCGGUGACGUCAUCAUCAAGUGGACGCCCAACCCGGCCAGCUUCCAAGACUCGUACAAGCUGAGUUAUCACGAGGUGGACACAAACAACGGCGACCGGGACACAAACACGGUGGUGGUUGAGGACUCGAGCAUCCGGCUCGAGUCGCUGCUGCCCGGACGCAACUACUCGGUCACGGUGCACGCCAUCAGCAACCACGUCGAGAGCAACGGCACCUCCAUCUACCAGGCCACAAGGCCGUCGUCGCCGAUCAUCGAGGACCUUCGGCCGACGCACAACGGGCUGAACAUCUCUUGGAAGUCGGACGUGAACUCGAAGCAGGACGAGUACGAGGUCACGUACAGCCGCAACGACACCGGCAACGUCGUCAAAACCAUCACCUCCGAGUCGAGACUGGCCCUGACGGGGCUCGAACCUGGCGCAGGGUACCACCUGCAGGUCGUCGCCAUCAGCCACGGCCUCCGCAGCGAGCCCCACAUCAACUUCCAGGCAGUUUAUCCGCAGCCGCCGAGGAACUUGACCAUCGAAAAGCUGACCAGCAACUCGGUCAUUGUCAAGUGGCAGCCGCCUUCGGAUUCCAUUUUCUCCGAAUACAUUAUUAGGCACCAAACAGACGACGGCAAGUUUUACAAAUUGCCACCUGUGAAGGUCAACGAAGCCGAGAUAACCGACAUGAUUGCCGGGGAGAAGUACCUGAUUCAGGUCAACACAGCCAGCUUUGGGGUCGAGAGCACCGACCCCCUCGAGGUCACCCAGACUGUCCAGCCGAACCCUGUGACCAACAUCGUGUCCCUGAUCGACUCGGUGAACGUGACCUUGGAGUGGCCAAAGCCCGAGGGACGCAUCGACCUGUACUCGAUCGCGUGGAAGCUGGAGGAGCAGCUGGGGGAGCCCGAGGAGGAGGAGGGGGAAGGGGAGGAGGGCAGGGCGCCGACUUCAGGCAACAAGACCAUCUCCUCGGCGGACGUGGUCGAGCUGAACGGGCGGGUGCGCGUGUUGGUCGGCGAACUGGUGCCCGGCGCCAAGUACAGCCUCCAGAUCUUCACCACCUCCCACGGGCUCAAGAGCGAGGUCACCGCCCUCACCACCAGGACAAUGCCACUGCUUCAAACGGAGAUCGUAGUGGUGAACGACCAGGAGAUCAGCGACGCCCUGACCCUGAGGUACACGAAGACGCCCAAGUCGGUGUCCCGCUUCGACACGUACCGCUUCAUGCUGUCCGACCCAAGCAUCCCGGUCAAGGAAAAGGCGGCCAACGACACCGAGACCAAGGUGACCUUCAGCGACCUGGUGCCAGGGCGGCUGUACAACAUCACCGUGUGGACAGUGUCGGACGGCGUCGAGAGUCUUCCCCUGCAGCGCCAAGACCGGCUGCAUCCGAACCCCAUCAAGUGGAUCAACGCGUCCAGGGUGACGGACACGGAGGUGACCCUGAUGUGGGACAAGCCGAACGGCGAGUACAACACCUUUGAGGUGCAGUACCUGAACCUGGACGGCGUGCUGCUGCAGAACCUGACCCUGGGCACCAGCAUCACCGUGGCGGGGCUCAAGCCGCACCGCAACUACACCUUCACCGUGGUGGUCAGGUCUGGCAGCGAGUCCUCGGCCCUGCGCAGGUCCCUCCCCGUCAGCGCCACCUUCUCCACCCAGGAGUCGGUGCCCAACAAGGUGGAGCGGUUUGUCCCGGUGCACGUCAAGCCCAAGGAGAUCGAGUUCGAGUGGUAUUUGCCGCCCAGUGACCACAACGGCAUCAUCCUCCAGUACACCAUCACCUAUGGAUUAGAGAAAUCCAACACGUGGAAGGAGGAACACUUCCAGCCGUCCGAGCUGCACGGCGUCAUCCGCAACCUGGUUCCUGGCAAGACGUACCUGUUCAAGAUCCAGGCCAAGACGAGGGUGGGCUAUGGCCCCGAGAGCCAGACCAAACUCAAAACGCCCAUUUUCGCUCCUCCGAAGCCCGGCAGCCAGGUGGUGCCGACCGAGGUGCGCAGGACUUCGAGCACCAUCCAGAUCCGCUUCCGCAAGAACUACUUCUCCGAGGAGAACGGGGAGGUCGUCGCGUACGCCAUCAUCGUGGCCGAGGACACCAGCAAGAACGCGUCCGGCCUCGAGAUGCCCAGCUGGAAGGACGUGCAGGCCUACAAUUCGUGGCCACCCUAUCAGGUGAUGGAGCCUUCGAAGCUGUUCCAGAACUCGACGGUGGAGGACUUCACGAUCGGGAGCGACGCCAACUGCGGGGGCCGCGCGGGCUACUGCAACGGCCCCCUCAAGUCGGGCACCACGUACAGCGUCAAGAUCAGGGCGUUCACCUUUGCGGACAAGUUCACCGACACCUUCUACAGCUUCCCCAUCCAGACGGACAACGACAACACGGCGUGGAUCGUCGGCUUCACCGUGCCGGUGGUGCUGCUGGCCGUGCUGCUCGUCUUCGUCAUGGCCGUGCGCAGGCGCAAGAACGUCUGCAACAACCUCGAGGCCAGACACAACGACGCCAUGUCUCUGCCGGACAGCGUCAUGGAAACCAGCCGUCCUGUGAAGCUGAAGGACUUUGCCGAGCACUACCGCAUCAUGUCGGCGGACUCGGACUUCCGGUUCAGCGAGGAGUUCGAGGAGCUGAAGCACGUGGGCCGCGAGCAGGCGUGCACGGCGGCGGACCUGCCCUUGAAUCGGCCCAAGAACCGCUUCACCAACAUCCUGCCGUACGACCACUCGCGCUUCAAGCUGCAGCCGAGCGACGACGACGAGGACGGCAGCGACUACAUCAACGCCAACUACGUGCCCGGCUGCAACUCGCCGCGCGAGUUCAUCGUCACGCAGGGCCCGCUGCACUCGACGCGCGACGACUUCUGGCGCACCUGCUGGGAGAGCAACAGCAAGGCCAUCAUCAUGCUGACCAGGUGCGUGGAGAAGGGCCGCGAGAAGUGCGACCACUACUGGCCCUACGACACGCAGCCCGUCUACUACGGCGACAUCCAGGUCACCAUCCUCAACGAGAGCCACUACCAGGACUGGAACGUCUCCGAGUUCAGGAUGUGCAGGGGCGACUCUACGCGGCUGGUGAAGCACUUCCACUUUUCGACGUGGCCGGACUUUGGCGUGCCGGACCCGCCGCAGACGCUGGUGCGUUUCGUGCGGGCGUUCAGGGACCGCGUGCCGCCCGACCAGCGGCCCGUGGUGGUGCACUGCAGCGCGGGCGUCGGCCGCUCGGGCACGUUCAUCGCGCUGGACCGGCUGCUGCAGCAGAUCAAGAAGGACGACACCGUGGACAUCUUCGGCAUCGUGUACGCCAUGCGCAAGGAGCGCGUGUGGAUGGUGCAGACGGAGCAGCAGUACAUCUGCAUCCACCAGUGCCUGCUGGCGGUGCUCGAGGGCAAGGAGAACGACUUUGGGCCGCGCGAGAUCCACGAGAACGAGGGCUUCGACGACGACGAAGGAAUUGCCGAGUCAGGCAUGUGAACUCUCUCUGCGCAGCCAUAUUGCUACUUUUAAUGAUAUUUAAUUGUUGUACUCCGAAGAAAAAUUUUGAGGAACAAACGAAAGAUCUGCAAGAACAAAACUCGGUAUUUUGUCGACGAAGCACUGAAUUGUGAUAUUACUUGUUAUCGGAAAAGGAAAUUGAAUGAGAUUCCAAAAGGGUGCCUUCUUUUUUUAUGUAAAAAUCAGCCCGUCCCGACGAUUUGUUAUUUUAACUGG